AACUACAAAGAGAAAACAAAUAUGACUCUCAGAGUGCUCCUCAUCCUCGCCAUCACAAUUCUGUUGCUCGGCACCGGCAACUGCAAGCUCAUGCAUCCUGCAGUAGCUCGACCGAUCCCAUCCCUCAUUUCAUCCGACGAUACCCUUUCGGCGAUACCUACAAAGAUUGGAGAGAACAGCGGCGCGCCAAAUGUUGAAGAAGAGAAGGUAGCCCUUUUCCCAACUAGGCCUUUCUUCCUCCCGCCCCGUCUUCCGCCCUGCAUGUCGAAGUCUGCAAACGAAAUUUCUUCGACGCAUUUGCAGCAUGGCUUUAUGAGGGCCUGCAAUGCUGGAAAUAUAUAGCAUUGUGGUGUCAAGUGUUUGUAGUAGUAGUUGUUCUACUAUUGAUUAAAGAGCCCCUCCUAUCUAUCUGAUGGUUAAAUAAAAGCUCAAUUUCCAUUAUAGUGAAUUGGGUUAUUCAUAUGCUUUGUCUUCAAAUAUGGAUCUGAAAUUAAUGUACUUUAAUUUGAUCUUAGUUUUAAAUAAGAUAUA